CCCGCUAGUCAACGCGAGCCGUCUUUGGCGAGCGGACGUAUCUCAGCAAUUGUGUUUUACAUAACAAAAAUAAACUUUUAAAAACAACAUAUUUACUAGUAUAUAGUGUUCAAGCAUUAAAAAUGUUGUUCAAUGUUCUAUUAGUGUCUGUAUUUGUGUGUAUUCAAGCCCAAUUCGAAGGUGAAUACUGCACCAAAGAUGGCGUCGCCGGUAUAUGCACAAACUUAAACAGAUGUCAGACUGCUAUCCAGGAUAUAAGGAACCGGAAAAACCCAAAGAUCUGUGCGUUUGACAACGUGGAUCCUAUCGUUUGCUGCCUAGACAGAAGUACUGGACCCACUGCUACCACGACCAAGAGGCCUUCUGUGACGACAACCACGGAGUACAUACCCCCAGUAUAUGACUACGUCAAUGUAGACCCGAACAACAGCGGCUGUGAACCAAUUCCUGAAGCUUUGACUUCGAAGAAAACUGGACAAAAGGCUUGGGACAAAUGUAUAGAGUAUCAGGAGAAGUUGGUCUACCCGUGUGAGAAGGGAGUAGCUCUGACAGGAGACCUCAGCAGGAGUAACCGCUGUCAUCACAAUGCUGACGAGCUGAUCAUUGGAGGAACUGAUGCUGCCCAGUAUGAGUUCCCACAUAUGGUGAUGAUCGGUUAUGGAGACAAGAUUGAGGAGUUGCAGUGGUUGUGUGGGGGGGCUCUCAUCAGUGAGAAGUUCGUCCUCACUGCCGGACACUGCAUCGCUAGCAGGGAUCUUGGCCCAAUAACAUAUGUGGCGGUUGGAGCGUUGAGGCGAGGUGAUGCAGCCGACAGGUCCAGGGUCUACAAGGUGAAGAACAUCAUCAAACACCCCCAGUUCCAGCCCCCAGUCAAAUACCAUGACAUAGCCUUGGUUGAGACUGAGAAUACUAUAAAACUAGACCAGUUCGUGGUGCCGGCGUGCCUGCACGUUGGGGAUCCUGUCAAUGAUGAGAAGGUCCAGGCUACUGGCUGGGGACUCACGCAGUACAGCGGCUCAGUGUCCGAUACUCUGCAGAAGGUGGUCUUAAACAAAUUUUCGACAGCUGAAUGUGCAGCCAAGUACCAGCCCGUCCGCCUGAUGAGGCAAGGGUUUGAUCCUCAGAGCCAGACGUGCUACGGUGACAAGCUGGUAUCCAAAGAUACCUGCCAGGGUGACAGCGGCGGUCCGAUCCAGAUUAAAAACAAAAAUAUAUCGUGCAUGUACACCGUCGUGGGAGUGACGUCAUUUGGCAGAGCGUGCGGCUUCGUAGGAGAGCCCGGCAUCUAUACCCGGGUCGCGAACUAUGUAUCCUGGAUCGAAGGCAUAGUUUGGCCGAAUUGAAUAUUAUAUUAAGUGUAAUAUAUUAAUUUAUAAUUUACUAAUAUAAUUAUAAGGUGUUCUAAAAGAAUCUGCCACGGCUUUAAUGGGAGGUAGUGUUGUGUUUGAAGAUUAUAAUAGUGAAUAUAAAUUAUUGAUUAUUAGUUUUUUUUGAUCCGGAGCUGCGGACUACCUAGCGGUUUACCGGGGCUCCGGCUCGAAAAGCAGGAGUAGGAUCGAGGCGGUUUUUAGUCAGUAAGAGUCUGACACACUGACACAGAGGGAAAGAAGCCAUUGGAUGAUAUUCCCCCUAAAAAAAAUAUAUUUCGUACAUAAAACAUCUAUGUAUGUGUUUGUUAUGAAUGAGCUAUCUUUUUCACGGUCUCUGUCACAUCGUGCGUAUUUGUGAACCACUUUACACAGAGUAGAGUAAAUGUUUAUUUAACUUCUUUAUGUUCUCAUAUUGAAUGAACUGGUCUGGGGUACGAAAUUUCUUCACUAUUGUAAUCUUCAAACACAACACUACCUCCCAUUAAAGCCGUGGCAGAUACUUUUAGGACACCUUAUAAUAUAUAAAGCUGAAGAGUUUGUUUGAAUGCGUGAAUCUUCAGAACUAUUGAUUCGAAAUUGAUAAUUCCUUUUGUAAUAAAAAGAAGAAUGCUCAACUGUUUUUUAGGGUUUGCGUUAAAAAAGCAAAACUCAUGAAGAUCACUCACUCGUUAGUCGAGUGGUCGCAAGUGCGACUGCUGGACAAGGCGCCUCAGGUGUGAUUCCCGGCUCGGGCAAAGUAUUACUGGGCUUUUGUCGGUUUUUCGAAAAUUUCUCAGUGGUAGCACGGUGUCUGGAAUUGUGCCUAGUAUAUGGCAAUAGGAUCACCCCCUAUUACAUGGGACUUAUAACACAAAUGGUGAAAAGUGGGUGUAUAUUCUAUAGCGGCAUUACUCGCUGUAAUGUACAUAUUUGCCAACCCCUUCGGGGAUAAAAGACGUGAGGUUGCAUAAUCAUCAAAAUCAGUCCAGCCGUUUUAAUGUUACAAACGGUAUAAAAGACACCCUUUUUUUUAAAUUCCUAUGUUUAUUAUUUAGGUUAAAUUAAAUAGUAUAUAAGCUACUUAUAUUGAAAGAGAUUAAAAUAUUUUUAUACAACUUUUCUAA